GAGCUGGCGCCAGGGCGGCCGGAGGAUGCCGAGGGGCCGGAGCCGGGCGGGCCUGAGGCCGAGGCGCGCGCUGUCCCCCACUCCUACCCCGUGAGCCCAGCCGCCCGCAGCGCGGUUCCUAAGCCCGCCACUCCUGGGGCUCCCGCCAGUGCUGAGCCCCCGUCCCCGAGGCCGUGGCCCCUUUCCCUGUGGCGUUGCGUGUGGACGCCGCCGCCCCCUCGGCCCGGAUCCUAGCCUCCGCUGCCGGCCAUGGAGGUGGCGCCCGAGCAGCCGCGCUGGAUGGCGCACCCCGCCGUACUGAACGCGCAGCACCCUGACUCGCACCAUCCGGGCCUGGCGCACAACUACAUGGAGCCCGCGCAGUUGCUGCCCCCCGACGAGGUGGACGUCUUCUUCAACCACCUAGACUCGCAGGGCAACCCUUAUUACGCCAACCCAGCCCACGCGCGGGCGCGCGUCUCCUACAGCCCCGCGCACGCCCGCCUGACCGGAGGCCAGAUGUGUCGCCCACACUUGUUGCACAGCCCGGGAUUACCCUGGCUCGACGGGGGUAAAGCAGCACUCUCCGCGGCUGCCGCGCACCACCACAAUCCCUGGGCCGUGAACCCCUUCUCCAAGACACCGCUGCACCCCUCAGCUGCUGGAGGCCCCGGAGGCCCCCUCUCCGUGUACCCCGGGGCAGGGAGUGGGAGCGGGGGAGGCAGCGGGAGCUCCGUGGCCUCCCUCACCCCCACUGCAGCCCACUCUGGUUCCCACCUCUUCGGCUUCCCACCCACUCCGCCCAAGGAAGUGUCCCCGGACCCCAGUACCACCGGGGCUGCCUCCCCAGCCUCCUCUUCCGCCGGGGGUAGCGCAGCCCGAGGUGAAGACAAGGAUGGCAUCAAGUACCAGGUGUCACUGACCGACAGUAUGAAGAUGGAAAGCGGCAGUCCCCUGCGCCCAGGCCUGGCUGCCAUGGGCACCCAGCCUGCCACACACCACCCCAUUCCCACUUACCCCUCCUAUGUGCCUGCUGCAGCCGCUGCUCAUGACUACAGCAGCGGACUCUUUCACCCAGGAGGCUUCCUGGGUGGCCCUGCCUCCAGCUUCACCCCUAAGCAGCGCAGCAAGGCACGCUCCUGUUCAGAAGGCCGGGAAUGUGUCAACUGUGGGGCCACAGCCACCCCUCUCUGGCGGCGGGACGGCACCGGUCACUACCUGUGCAACGCUUGCGGGCUCUACCACAAGAUGAAUGGGCAGAACCGGCCACUCAUCAAACCCAAGAGGAGACUGUCGGCCGCCAGGAGAGCCGGCACCUGUUGUGCGAAUUGUCAGACGACAACCACCACCUUAUGGCGCCGAAACGCCAACGGGGACCCCGUCUGCAACGCCUGUGGCCUCUACUACAAGCUGCACAAUGUGAACAGGCCACUGACCAUGAAGAAGGAAGGGAUCCAGACUAGGAACCGGAAGAUGUCCACCAAGUCCAAGAAGAACAAGAAAGGCACCGAGUGCUUUGAGGAGCUGUCCAAGUGUAUGCAGGAGAAGGCCUCCCCCUUCAGCGCUGCUGCCCUGGCCGGACACAUGACGCCCGUGGGCCACCUCCCCCCCUUCAGUCACUCGGGACACAUCUUGCCCACCCCAACGCCCAUCCACCCCUCUUCCAGUCUCUCCUUUGGCCACCCCCACCCAUCCAGCAUGGUGACCGCCAUGGGCUAGGGACAGCCCCCCACAGACAGACGUACGGACGCCGAGGGGGGUGGCUGGUGGUGCAAGGCUGGGCACCCCGAGGCAGGGUGGGGGGGCACACCCGUAGCUGCCUGUCCUUCCCUGAAGACGGACGCCACUCCUGCCAGCCUGGCCACCUCUCCUUGGGGACGUGCCACUCUGCCAUCUGCGGUCACUGUAAAGAUCCUCACCUGGGCUGGGGCGCAGCCUUGGCCCUGCUUACCACCCAGGUGGGGUUUCCGUCAUGGACGAUUGUUUGGAGAGGAGAACGGACAACUUUAUGAAGAGAAAGAGGAGGGAGGCAGGGGGACAAAUGAACAACCCCAUUUUUAGGAGGGGCAGGGCAUAGGCAAAAAUAAUUUAUUUUGCUCUUGUUUCUAACCGGGACCAGGAGACUCGGGGGUCCAAGCUGCCCCAAUUUCCCGGGGCCUGUUUUUUUGUGCCAAGUGCUGCUCUGCCCGUCUGCUUGCUAGGGCUCCGCGGGCAGGUGAGCGGGGUCCCUGGGCCUGCGCCUUCCCCUCUGGCUUUCCUCUCUGAAACAGCCGGAGCUCAGGAUGGGCUGAGCCGGGACAGCCAGGCCACCAACGGCCUGGUGGCCAGGCCUGGAGGGCAGAGACAAUCAUGGGCGGUCCUGCGUAGAUUCCCAGGCCGGGGCUGGGUCACAGGAAGGAAACAACAUUUUCUUGAGAGGGGAAAUGUCUCCCAGAUCGCUCCCCUGGCUCUGAGGCUGAAGCUGGUGUGACCCACGAGUCCCCUUAAUGAGCCUGAGCCACAGCCUGACUCCUCUUGCCAGGCAGACCCCCUGUACAUACAUCCAUUUUUCUGCUAUAAGUCCCCAAUCCCUCCUCCCCUCCCACUCUGAGACAAAAAAAAAAAAAAUAUAUAUAUAUAUAUAUAUAUAUAUAUACAAAAGACUGCAUAAGCUUAACUCGCUGAGGAGUUACUUGUUUUAUUUUUAAACUGAUUUUGGGUCCAGUCAAUUGUACGUUGCCACAGAAGUACUUGCUGUAGAAAGGAAUAAAACCUACAAACCAAGGCUAUAGCUUCGCAAUUAUUUUUGGAAAAGUUCUUGGAUCCCACAGCCCUCGACGGCGGAGGGGGGUUGGUCAGGGGCCUGGGGCGGGGCCUUGGCUGCUCUUAGCCUCCAGGGACUGGCCUGGCAGGUGGCGGAGGCAGGAGUUGGGGGGUGGGUCCAGGGAGAGGCCACGACCCUGCUGGGAUCCCUGGAGAUGCCUGGGUUGUGCUCUGUUUUGCUGUGGCUGUCUGGAUUCUUCCCAAGGUACAGCUGUACAUAACCGUGUCCGAGCUUAGAUUCUGUCUGCGGAGGUGGUGGGGUGCGGCGGCCGGCGAGGGCCGGCCCAGGAAGAGGAUUGUGCUGAUGUAGUCGACCAAGUGCAAUAUGGGCAGGCAAUCGCUGCUGGGGGGCCCCCACGGCCAGAAGUAACUUAUUUUGUGCUAGUGUCUGCAUAGGAAAGAGAAUCCGCAGGAUUUUCUGUUUUUAUGUUUUAUUUCGCUUGUUUUAUUUUGGAUUAGUGAACUAAGUUAUUGUUAAUUAUGUACAACAUUUAUAUAUUGUCUGUAAAGAAAUUGUAUGCUAUCCUCCUAUCCCUUUGAAGUGAAUACUGUUAAGAAUAAUAAAAUACUUUUUGUGAA